AGUCAAAGUGAGUAGAAGUAGUCGUGACGAAAUUAUUUGAAAAAAUUAUAAAAAUCACUAGAACAAGUAAUAAGCUACGAGCACGCAAGUUGAAGUUGAACUGCCGAUGAGGUUCUUUAGUACUGGGUAGACGUCGAACUGAUUAGAAAACACCACCAACUUCUCCAGAAGUGCGGAGGUCUUGCAGCUCCCGAUAAGUUGUACUUAUGUAACUAUAGCAACACUGUUAGCUAGUACUUCGUUCUAUCCAUCCGGGACCGGGAGGUCGUCCUCGUCGCCCCCAUGACGAAAGUCCCGGAUUCGCAAGCGGGGUGCAAAGUUGCCGUCCGACUGUUGCCCCCGGAGCUGGACUCCGAGAGUUUCAAAACGUCCCUAGCCCCGGAGUUCGAGAAGAAAAUCAAGUUCUACCGCUUCCAAAACGGGGCCAAGGGGGACAAAACGAAAAAGCACGCUACCGUGUUUGCGCAAUUUGACACGAAGGAGAGCGCUCGGAAGUUCAUACGUACAGAAACUUCUUGAUUUUUGUCCACGACACUACACCCGGAGCACAAUUCACGACUACCGUAGCAAAAAGAAGGGGUGAAAAGAUUAUAGAAUUAAUCAUAGACACUACGAUGAAUGUUGACAAAAGCAACUUCUAUUUCUGUAUUUGUAUUUUAUUGGCUCUGUAUGUAUCAAUAAAACAGGUUCGUAUAACGGGCACCUUUUCCAAGUCGAAGAAGGUGGGCAGAAGUAUGAAAGGAGCCCUGACCAAGAGCAUCUGUUUUCAGUGAAGAAGUUUCAGUUGCGCACUUCGCAGAAGAACGGGGAACUUAUAGUUGCCUCCACCACAGGUUGUACACACAAAGAUAUAAACACCAACUGCUUGCGCAGGUCCAGCUGCUGCUGCGUCUCUCUGCAUGAAGAAAUAAAGAUGUAAAAGGGCGCUGAUAUUCUCCAUCAUAAUUCACGAAAAACAAGAUACAAUUAUUUUCUCCAAUCCAUACCACGUACGCUGCCGUCGCCACGAUGGCACCAAACCAGCGGCCGCACAACUACCGAGUGCCCCAAAUGGAGGAGUGUGCCUUGCAGGAACUGGAAAAAGGCGGCCCACCUGAAAGUACGUCGAAGCCCAGCAGCAAGGGCGGCACGUCCUCCGGGGGUGGCAGCAGCGGGUCAACAGCUCAACAAACCGACGGCACCUCGAAACCGCCGAAAGUGGGCUGCGAGCAGAGCGGCGUGGACCUGUAUCGCAAAUUGGCCUACCUGAAGUCGCGCUACGCCUAUGCGAAGUACGCGGGGCUAAAAGACGAAAUAGACCCAGAGGGUUUGCACGCGGAGAUGGAGCAGACCGCAGAAAAACUUGCGACGAUAGAAAAGCAGCAUGGCACACAGGGUAGUACAACUGGUGGCGCCGGAAUUUCUUCUUCUCGGAAGGGCAAGGGCAAGAAUCGGGGCAAGCUGCGCGAUCAAAACAAGGGAGAACAGCAGGACAGUCCACGAAAUAUUAGAGACGACACUGCAAAUGUUGACAAUGACGGCGCGGCUUCCCAGGAAGUCUACCAACUAGACGGGUUCUUCCAGAAAUAUGACCCAUCCGUGGACGAAAAGCGCAUCUUCGAGUCCACACUAGUCGGGAAGUACUUCCGGCUCUGUCAAAAAGCCAUCCAGGCUCAGAUUGAAGAGUCGCAGAACAGCGCGAAUGCGCUCCCUCCAGGUAAGCUGCCCCCGCCCCCGCCUGGGUUGAAAACGAAAAAACUGAUCGACACGGAAAGGACCGUGGAUGUGGAAGAGAAAAACACGCCGCUGCUGGUAUCCUGAGUAAAAAUAUCCCCACACCAGAGUCAAGAUGGGAAACCCGCUAGACAAAUCAGCCACCUCUGGUUGUUUCGCAUGACAAGUUGUGUCCUCGUAGUGUAAUCCUGUUUAGCUAGUUCCGAAGCAUGACAGAUCUCGCAUAUCAUGCUGAUUCUAGCAUCACAAAUUCGCUCACAGGACUACAAAACGGCUCUCAUGGGGCUCCGCAUGAGAAACUUUUUUGGCAUGCAGAUUUGCAUGAGAACUCUGGGGAGGGGACAUUUUUACUCAGGAUAGCUGGCGCAAGUGAAGAUCGACAGGAGUCGGUCGCGGAGGGAGAGGGACCGGCAAAGGGGAAACGCGACGCGGGGGGGCAAGAAGAUCAAUCCUUUGGGCGAGAUUCUGGAGGAUGAGGAAUUUGACGACGAUGGGAACAACAGCGAUGACGCGUUCUAUGUGAACAGUGGCGCGGCCGCGGACCGGAAGGGCAUGCAGGACGACGCAGAUCUGUUUUCGUCGCGCAGGGACACGGGCCUCGCCACCGGCAGUAAGUCUGCUUCCGGGAACAAGAAGGAAAAGUCGCGGAAUAGAAGAGGGAACAGGAAAUCAGGUAAAACUACUUGAGAUUAAUAGACGAAAAUGGUAAUCGAGGAACAGACUAUGACUAGGGUCAGGAAAACAGAUCAAUGAAGGGAACAAGUACUAUCGAACCAAAUGAAGUACUGUUGUGUUUCACGUUUACAAUCACAUUUUUUUUCUUCCUGCAAAAACACAACAUCUUGAUCCUCCAACAACCCCCACGAUCAUGGACCCAGGCGACCAGGAGCUCGUUCGUAUCACCUGCAACGGUUGCAAGAAGCGCAAGCGUUGCGUGCAGGACAAGCAGACCGGCAAGUUUUACUGUCGCCGGUGCCGCACGCCCUCCACGACCGGAGGUGGAGGUGGAGCGACCGGAGCAGGCGCGACUGGCCAGAAUAUGAAAGCCGAAGCGAGCGCCGCCUCCUCUGCCAAGAAAUCCCGCGGCGAGCGGUCGUCCACGGAACGGCGGGAACAGAGACGCGCCGAGCGGGCAGCCGCGAGGGCGGCUGGAAGUAGGGGUGGCCAGGGAGGUGCUGAUGUGGACAGUUACAAGGACGAGCAGAAGAAGGGCUCUUCCUCCUUCGAUCCACCAUCCCGGUCUACCGGCGGCGGAGCCGGAGGAUCGUCUUCAAGCACUGGCUAUGUAUUGCAAAAGCAGAUCGUCCAAGUAGCAGUUGCAUUUAGAAGUACAUCAAAUUAAUACAGAUUUGCUCAGCAUGAUGUUCUUGACAACUUCCAUUUGUCAUGGUGGAUUGCCUCAGAAACCAGUAGUUUUGUCAUUAUGCAUAAAUCGCAACCACUACUAGUACGAUGCGACCUUUGCACAGGAUACCGGCGGAGGCGGAAAUGGACCAGGGAGCACGGACGCGGUACAAGAUCUACUAUUGAUCUGUUUUUCUUUGUCAUGCAGGGAUUCGCAUAAUGAUAGAUAAAGAUAAUCACAAACUUUGUCUAUGCAUAAACGAGAUUUUAUCCCACCAACGAAAUAACAGUCCGACCGCCGACUCCGGGACCAGCUGCGAGAUAGCAAACCGGCCCCGAUCGUGCACAUGCCCGGCGGAGCUUCACCACCGGCAGCUGCAAGCAGCAAGCCAUUGAAAUCUUCCCGUGUAGGAGCUGUUGACCACGACGAGUCGUAUCCAGACAAUUCAGGAACUACAACUCGCGGCGCUGCUACUGCAGAUAAAAACUCGUCGAACACGUGGACCAAAGCUGCAAGCACUAGUACAACUUCCGCGAAACAAGAAAAGAGCGGAACUAGUACAAGCGGUGGCAAUUCAUCCACCUCGGAGCAGAAGUGUUCGGGCUGUGGGUCCUACAAGAAGAAAGUAGAAAAGGGGUACUGCAUAUCCAGGAAAAAACACCCAUCCCCAUCCAUUUUUUGCAUGGCAAAUAGUGGACUUUAUGCAUGUUUUGCAUCACAAAUUGGAUGGGGAUGGGUGUUUUUUCCUGGAUACUGCAACGACUGCUGGGACAAAUGGAGCAGCUGGAAAAAGGAUAAGAGGAAGCGCUAAAUUGGUAUGGAAAUAAUCACUAUCACGCCACGAACAAGCGACGCAGCACUUUUCAAGACACUGUAUUGCCAGGAAUGCGACGAAACCGUUGUAACCUGAUUAUACCAGCGAAGGAGCGAUGAACAUCACCAACAAGCGAAAUUUUGGCACUCAGCGAACGAUGUGAAUGAAUCACAUCGAAGAUCCUGGCUCACCUUCACUGUAGAUACAUCUAUCUUCAGAUGAUGAUGUGCCAUCGCGCUCGAAGCCUCGCUCGACGUCAUCCACGCGAAACGAGGUCCUCCUGCAUUGCUUAGUAAGCUUCAAGAUAGCGCGUGAAACCUCACAC